CCCCCUCCCAGCAGUUCUGCCUCCAAUGAGGUAAACAGAGAUGAGAUACUAUGGGUGUUUGGAUCUACCUAGAGGUGGGGGGGCCAAUAGUGGCCCCCUGCAUGACCCCCCUCCCAGCAGUUCCACCUCCAACGAGGUAAACAGAGCUUUUGGAAUCCAUGGAGGCGAUAAAGCUCAGCUGGCCAAGCUGCACUGCAGGCCUACUCUAUUCUUGAACCCGCCAAGAGUGUUGGGGGGGGGGGUAGUGAGUAGUGGAAACAGUUCGGGGCCCAAUAUCGGCCCCCUGGCCCCCCUCCCACAGGCAUCGCCGCUCGAGCCACAACGACCAUGCCGAUGCACCAGCGGGUGCCAAACUGGAAUGUGCAAAUUGCAAGAGGUUUAAUAUUAAAUGCAGGAAAUCGUGCAAAUGUCAAGAAGGCGAGUGCGCCAAUAGAGAGGUGAGAUAUAAGUAAUGUGUUGUUAUGAAUUCAUACAUUAUUGAUAAAGGAAAAAUAGUAAAAACGGCCCUCUUAAAGGGAAAAUACAACAUUUGCAAACAUCAAAAAAUUAAUCUACCAAAUCAUUUUGAAAUACCUUGCUGGACUGUGAGUGAAUGACAGUGUAAAGCAUCC